AUGUGCGGACUGUGUAGCGUUAAACAAGCAAGGUGUCAUCCGGCACACGGCGAGUACCCGGGCUUCCCAGCUUAUGGAAUCCCCGGAGCUUCUACAAGCAAACAUAAGACCGCGCACCCGUGGCCUUUGACGGAUGACAGUUUCAUCUUGAGAAUUAGAAAGGACCGCCAUGCGGGUUCUUCAAAAUCCGGCCAGCUCAGCGCAUUUACUACCCCAGAAAUUCAACAUAAGGAGUCCAUCAGCUCAAAUGCAACUUCCCAACAUAUUGAAAGCGCAGGUAUAUCUAUGCAUACACCAACCCCAAAUUUAUCGGUUCAGUCACGCUUGGGAAGUGCAUUUACUACACCUGAUAACAAACAUCAGCAGCCUGGCAGUGAGGAGGAUGCUUUGGAUAUUGCUGUAGAAAGCGUCGAAAGCAAAAGCACGCACAUCAAUACACCAUCCUCAAAUGUUUCGGGUCCUUCGAAAUCCGUACAGUUCAGUGGAUUGGCCACUACCCCCAGCAACCAACACAAGAAUAUUGUCAGUAAGAAUGCUUUGAAAACCAUCAUAGAAAACGUCGAACCCGAAGGCAUGCCCAUCCAUAGACCGGCGCAGAAUUUUUCGGGUUCUUCAUCAUCGGGCCAACGCAGUGGAUGUACUACCCUUGGCACCCAACAUAUGCAUACAGAAUUAGUCUAUAAGCAACAAAAGUCUGUGGUAGAUGUCAAUCAUGUUAGGAAGACACACCGCGGGAGACAGCGCGAGAUCCAUGAAUCCAAAAAGUUUUCAAGUCUUUGUGCAAGGUGUCGGUCAAUUUGA